CAGGAAACUUAAAAUGGCCUGGGUAGCUUUGGAUGUGGAGUAGUUAAAGGCCCUUGAGGAGGGAUGAGAAGCUGAUCUGACAAGAAGAGAGCAGUGGUUCAUUCCUGGACAAGAAGACAAAUGAACAAUUGAGGGAAAGAGCAGCUUCUGGAAAGAUUUGUGCCCGAACAGAGUUACAUCGUAUACACUCUGGACACAAAGGAGAGCUGUCCUUGAGCCUCGACUCUGGGUGAGCCCUCUGGGUCUUAGAUUUGAGAUGCAAUUUUCAAACUUGAAGAUCACGGUGAGCAGAGAGAUCUCUGAGCUACUGCCAAUCCUAAUGUCCCUUGUAUUGAGCGUUGACUGUGUUGACAAUGAAAAGCCAGAAGAGCCUCAAGGAGGAAAGAGGUCAAUAGCCAAAUGUUUCAAGAAGUCAAGGAAGUCAUGAAAUGUUGGGGCAAGUCAGGCAGGUGCAGAACAACAUGUAAAGAAAGUGAAGUAUACUAUAUAUUAUGCAAAACUGAGGCUAAGUGCUGUGUGGAUCCCAAGUAUGUACCUGUAAAACCAAAAUUAACAGACAGAAAUACAAGCCUGGAAUCAACUUCUGCAGUCUGACACCUCUCUUCCAACCUUGAGUCUCAACAUCAUGGGAUCCUGCAGUUCUAUUAAAUCAUUCUUGGCAA